CUGCAGCCGCCCCUUAUGGAGCCGGAUAACCCGGACUCCCGCAAACGACCGCUGGAAACUCCGGCGGAGGAGGCCGGCUGUACCAAGCGCACCAACAUUGGAGAGGAGGGUGAGUACUUCCUGAAGGUGCUGAUCCCCAGCUAUGCAGCCGGCUCUAUAAUUGGCAAGGGCGGCCAGACCAUCGUACAACUGCAGAAAGAGACGGGUGCCACCAUUAAGCUGUCCAAAUCCAAAGACUUCUACCCAGGAACAACAGAACGUGUCUGUCUGAUACAGGGUACAGUCGAAGCCCUCAAUGGUGUCCACAACUUCAUUGCAGAGAAGGUCCGCGAGAUGCCCCAGAGUGCCCAAAAACCCGAACCAGUCAGCAUACUGCAGCCACAGACCACCGUCAACCCUGACCGUGUCAAACAGAGAUAUCCCUCUUUCUGUCAGCCAUUUAUGAUGUUAAAUCUUUCUCCUGUUACCUUUUAUUGCUACUUCAAUCUUUCUAUUUCUCAACAGGCCAAACUGAUCGUGCCCAAUAGCACAGCUGGGUUGAUCAUUGGCAAGGGUGGAGCCACAGUGAAGGCAGUGAUGGAGCAGUCAGGCGCUUGGGUGCAGCUCUCCCAGAAGCCAGAGGGCAUCAACCUGCAGGAGCGAGUGGUAACCAUCAGUGGGGAGCCGGAACAGAACCGUAAGGCUGUGGAAAUCAUAGUGCAGAAGAUCCAGGAGGACCCUCAGAGCAGCAGCUGCCUCAACAUCAGCUAUUCCAACGUCUCUGGCCCUGUGGCCAACUCCAACCCCACUGGCUCCCCCUACGCUAAUACGGCCGAGGUGCUGCCUAAUGCAGCUGCAGCAGCUGCCACUGCCUCCAGCCUUCUGGGCCAGGCCGGCUUGACGGGAAUGGGCGCCUUCCCUGCCGCCAUGUCCAGCUUUUCUGGCAAUGAUCUGCUGGCCAUCACCUCAGCCCUCAACACACUGGCCAGCUAUGGCUACAACACUAACACCCUGGGCCUGGGCCUCAACCCUGCAGCUGCUUCUGGGGUCCUUGCUGCAGUAGCAGCUAGUGCUAACCCGGCUGCUGCUGCUGCAGCUAACCUACUGGCCUCCUACGCCAGCGAUGCCUCCAGCAGUGCUGGCCACCCUGCUACAGGCCUCGGGGGGUUCUCCCUGGGUUCUCUAGCAGCUGCUACAGGGGCUUCCAAUGGUUACCUAAAUGCUUCAUCCCCACUGAUGGCCUCCUCCCUACUGGCAACAGAGAAGCUGGCAGAUGGGGCCAAGGACGUGGUUGAGAUUGCUGUGCCCGAGAAUCUGGUUGGUGCCAUUUUGGGGAAAGGAGGGAAAACGCUGGUAGAGUACCAGGAGCUAACAGGAGCCCGCAUCCAGAUCUCAAAAAAGGGAGAGUUCAUUCCUGGUACUCGGAACCGUAAAGUUACCAUAACAGGGUCGCCAGCCGCUACGCAAGCAGCGCAGUAUCUGAUCAGCCAGCGGAUCACUUACGAGCAGGGCGUGCGCGCUACCAACCCACAAAAGGUGGGCUAA